AGACCAACCCAAACCAUCUGACGCUUCAAAAUCUGAGAGAUUACUGAUCACUCACGGCAGUCCUGAGCUCCUUCCACAGCCCUUCUGUCCAGCUCCGGGUCAGCUGAAGAAUGGACUACCUGAGGAAAGCCAGCGUGCUGCUCGGGUUUUACCUGAACCUUAACGGGCUUUGCUUGGCUUCAGCAAUAAAGGUGCCAGGAAGUGAGGUCAUCAACCUCGGUCAUAAAUCCACUGCCUGGGCGCCUGCAAUGCACCUCAGUGUAAAUCUCUCCUCCAUUGCCAGCAUCAUCUCCCACUUUGAGUUUCGCACCUUCGACCCGGAAGGCAUCAUCUUCUACGGAGACACCAAAGAGGGCCAGGACUGGUUUGUGCUUUCUCUGCGUGACGGAAUCCCUGAAGUGCAGAUCGGGAAAGCAAACAUGCUGGUCAGUGUAAAAGGAGGACCCAGACUGAAUGAUGGAGCUUGGCACAAGCUGGAGCUGCGCAGUGAGGGCAAGUACGUGGUGGUGGAGAUCAACCAUAAGGUGGAGCUGAUGGUGGGAAUGGAGUCGGAUCAGACCGACGAUGUGCUGACAGGGAAACUGCGUCUGGCUCUUGGAGGCAUGCUGGUGGAUCAGAAGAAGCUCCUGCAUUCAUUUUACCCUCAGAUGGACGGGUGCAUACGGGCUGCAAACUGGCUGAACAUAAGCACCGUCUGGGACACAGAGCCGACCUGGAAACCGUCGCCGUGCUUUCAGGAAAUCAAGAAAGGCAGUUACUUUCCUGGAAGUGGAUUAGCUGUGUUUAAUACAUCUGAUCUUCCUGGAGUGGAGACGGAAGAGCGAGGAGUCACAAUCGAGGUGUUUGGAUCUUGGCAUGGGACACUGCUGAGUCUUCAAAGUCUGGAUUUCCAGUUCAUUUUACCUGAGGCUAAGGAAAAAGAGAGCAAGGUUCUCACUGUUGAGCUGAAGGAAGAGUCCGCUUCGGGCAACAAUGCCGACUCCACCAAGCUGACUUUGACCUUACUGAAACAUUCCCUGGUGUUAAACGGCGAGACAGAGCUGAAGAACGAGAGCAUUGACUUCCUCUCGGGGUGGACGGAGGGGAUGAAGUUAGCGUUCGGUGGAGUGCCGAGCGAAGCUGCUGGUGAGACCGAGGACCUGCCAAAUGAGCUCCACCUUCAGGGCUGUUUGGAAAAAGUUAUUAUUCAAGGACAAGAACUGGAUUUCGAUCUGGCUUUCUUCAAGCACACGUCCAUCUCAUCACACAGCUGUCCUGCAAAAGCAGUGAAUGAACUGACAGAGAGUUAGUGCGUAGUUUUUAUCACAGAAAGGGGCGUGGCCACACUUCCACCAACCAGUUAACAUCAAUCAAAUACAGCAAGUUAAAUCAUCAUAACGGUUUGAUCAAAUCCUUUUAGUUUUAUACAGUAUAAUCCCAGUAGACGGGGCCACCCCUAAGUGUCAUGUUGCCCACCUUUGCCACCCCAUGUCCAAAAAACCUGGCCCCCUGCUUUACAGCUCACAAAUCAGUUCAGAUACAGAUACAUUUCAUCUGUCAAUGAACCUUAUAACUAGCAGUAACUAUCGAUAUUACAUCAUAUAUGCCUCCUGAUAAAAGGGCAACAUGCUGAGAAACUCUGGUCAAAUCCCGGGAAGUUCAUCUUGUCAUUCUGUGCUUUCGUUCCUUUGCGUUCAUUCUGUAUUCAGUUCAUGGAACGUUAAAAGAAAGUUAAUGCGUGUUUUCUAACGGUAUAAUUAAACAUGAAACUUUACUCA